AUGGCAAACAACCUACAAUCCUUUCAAGUCCCGAUUCUCAACAAGAGCAACUUCGAUAAUUGGAGUAUUAAAAUGAAGGCUCUACUAGGAGCUCAUGAUGUGUGGGAGAUUGUAGAGAAUGGGUACGAGGAACCGCCGGAUGAAGCAACACUAUCCCAACAACAAAAGGAAAGGCUAAGGGAUUCAAGGAAGAGGGAUAAGAAGGCUCUCUUCCUUAUCUACCAAGCAUUGGGAGAUGACGAUUUCGAGAAGAUCUCAAGCGCAUCCACCUCGAAAGAAGCUUGGAAUAAGUUACAAGUCUCGUGCAAAGGCGUCGAGCAAGUAAAGAAGAAAAGGAUGAAGGGCCGAGCAACAACCGUGGUGAAUAUUGGAGAGGUCGUGGCCAAGGACAAGGUCGAGGCCAAGGACGCGGACGAGGUGGCUAUACCAAUUAUGAAAAGAAAGAGUACGGUCGAGGAAGGAGCAACCAAAAAUCGAGGUACGAUAAGUCUUCCUCAAAAUGUUAUAAUUGUCAUAAAUUUGGACAUUUUGCUUCUGAGUGCAGAAGCCAAAGGCUUAACAUUGAAGAGAAGGCGAAUUUCGUCGAGAGCAAAGAUGAAGCCAAAACAAGUUUGCUUUUAG